AUAAGGUUACACGAUGAGCGGCGAGGGGUUUGACCACCGGCCUCUAUAAAGAAAAGAGGAGCACCGUCUUCCCCUCAAACACGAGAAGAAAAGUGUCUCCGGAGCAUCACAGCAGAGCGUCACAACCAACAGAGAUGGCCGGCGUGCGCUGGGCGGCCGUGGUGCUGACCGUCUUCCUCUCUGCUGGAGGCAGUCGGGCGGCUGUCGACCAGAACUGGCUCACGGGUAUCGUAGAAGGCCUCAAGAAGGAGUAUGCACUCGGCGACGCCUUCAGUCUGGCCGUGAACGUCCCGGAGAAGCAGGACAUAAACACUCUCCCAGAGGUCUUGCAGGAGGACCCGGCAGACAAAGUGAAACAAACUCUUUCAGAGGGUCAAGUGUACCAGGGCGUCCGGGUGGUGGCGGCGGCGCAGCCGGAGGCCUUGGCCCGAGUGCUCCAGAGCAUGCAAACCCUCGUGAACGGCAGUGCGGGGAACUUCCUCGUCAUCUACUCCGAAGAGGCCCCGUGCUGCCCCGCCGACCCCAACGACGUCGCCGACAAGAUCAACGACGUCGUUCAGAAGUGGAGCGGCUACGCGCUCGUGUUCUCCAAAGUCGCCGACGGGUCCCAGCUGGCCGAAUCCUUCAAGCGGCUCGCGGCCUCUAAACUCGGCCUCGACCACAUAUUCCGCUGUUACAAACCGGGAGAUGAUGCUUUUCGGUGUACCGGGUGCUCGUCGGGCGGAGGCGAUGCAGCAGGCACGGGUAAAGAGACGGCACAGGGUGGAGGGGGAGAAAUGGGUGGAGGGGGAGGCCCGGCCAUAGCCACAGGUGAAGAGACAGCACCGGGUGGAGGGGGAGAAAUGGGUGGAGGGGGAGGCCCGGCCAUAGCCACAGGUGAAGAGACAGCACCGGGUGGAGGGGGAGAAACGGGUGGAGGGGGAGGCCCGGCCAUAGCCACAGGUGAAGAGACAGCACCGGGUGGAGGGGGUGGCCCGGCGAUAGCCACAGGUGAAGAGACAGCACCGGGUGGAGGGGGAGGCCCGGCCAUAGCCACAGGUGAAGAGACAGCACCGGGUGGAGGGGGAGAAACGGGUGGAGGGGGAGGCCCGGCCAUAGCCACAGGUGAAGAGACAGCACCGGGUGGAGGGGGAGGCCCGGCCAUAUCCACAGGUGAAGAGACAGCACCGGGUGGAGGGGGAGGCCCGGCCAUAUCCACAGGAGAAGAGACGGCACAGGGUGGAGGGGGAGAAAUGGGUGGAGGGGGAGGCCCGGCCAUAGCCACAGGUGAAGAGACAGCACCGGGUGGAGGGGGAGAAACGGGUGGAGGGGGAGGCCCGGCCAUAGCCACAGGUGAAGAGACAGCACCGGGUGGAGGGGGAGGCCCGGCCAUAUCCACAGGUGAAGAGACAGCACCGGUUGGAGGGAGAGAAACGGGUGGAGGGGGAGGCCCGGCCAUAGCCACAGGUGAAGAGACAGCACCGGGUGGAGGGGGAGAAACGGGUGGAGGGGGAGGCCCGGCCAUAGCCACAGGUGAAGAGACAGCACCGGGUGGAGGGGGAGAAACGGGUGGAGGGGGAGGGGGAGGCCCGGCCAUAGCCACAGGUGAAGAGACAGCACCGGGUGGAGGGGGUGGCCCGGCCAUAGCCACAGGAGAAGAGACAGCACCGGGUGGAGGGGGAGAAAUGGGUGGAGGGGGACCAACAGGCGGUGGCAGAGGAACGGGGGGAGGAAAGGUUGGUAAGCAAAGCAAGGGUAGAGGAAGCAGCAAACGCAAUAAAGGUAGCAUGGUUGGAAAGAAAAGCAAGCGUAGAGGAAGUGGCAAACGCAAAAAAGGUAGCAGGGUUGGAAGGAAAAGCAAGCGUAGAGGAAGUGGCAAACGCAAAAAAGGUAGCAUGGUUGGAAAGAAAAGCAAGCGUAGAGGAAGCGGCAAACGCAAAAAAGGUAGCAGGGUUGGAAAGAAAAGCAAGCGUAGAGGAAGUGGCAAACGAAAAAAAGGUAGCAGGGUUGGAAGGAAAAGCAAGCGUAGAGGAAGUGGCAAACGAAAAAAAGGUAGCAGGGUUGGGAGGAAAAGCAAGCGUAGAGGAAGUGGCAAACGCAAAAAAGGUAGCAUGGUUGGAAAGAAAAGCAAGCGUAGAGGAAGCGGCAAACGCAAAAAAGGUAGCAGGGUUGGAAAGAAAAGCAAGCGUAGAGGAAGUGGCAAACGCAAAAAAGGUAGCAGGGUUGGAAGGAAAAGCAAGCGUAGAGGAAGUGGCAAACGAAAAAAAGGUAGCAGGGUUGGAAGGAAAAGCAAGCGUAGAGGAAGUGGCAAACGCAAAAAAGGUAGCAUGGUUGGAAAGAAAAGCAAGCGUAGAGGAAGCGGCAAACGCAAAAAAGGUAGCAGGGUUGGAAGGAAAAGCAAGCGUAGAGGAAGCGGCAAACAAAGGAAAGGUAGCAGGGUUGGAAGGAAAAGCAAGCGUAGAGGAAGUGGCAAACGCAAAAAAGGUAGCAGGGUUGGAAGGAAAAGCAGGCGUAGAGGAAGCGGCAAACGAAAGAAAGGUAGCAGGGUUGGAAGGAAAAGCAAGCGUAGAGGAAGCGGCAAACGAAGGAAAGGUAGCAGGGUUGGAAAGAAAAGCAAGCGUAGAGGAAGCGGCAAACGCAAAAAAGGUAGCAGGGUUGGAAGGAAAAGCAAGCGUAGAGGAAGCGGCAAACGAAGGAAAGGUAGCAGGGUUGGAAGGAAAAGCAAGCGUAGAGGAAGCGGCAAACGAAGGAAAGGUAGCAGGGUUGGAAGGAAAAGCAGGCGUAGAGGAAGCAGCAAACGAAGGAAAGGUAGCAGGGUUGGAAGGAAAAGCAGGCGUAGAGGAAGCAGCAAACGAAGGAAAGGUAGCAGGGUUGGAAGGAAAAGCAGGCGUAGAGGAAGCAUCAGACGAAGGAAAGGUAGCAUGGGUGGGAGGCGCAGAGGACUGAUAAUCUGAACCCAGUGACACUGACAAAUCAGCCUUGCACGCUUAAUAAAAAUGUGUUUUGAUAGAGUUAAUAACUUCCCUCUCAGCCAGUUAAAACUUGUAUUGCCUGCAGUUGUAUUGAUACUAAGGAUUCCCAGUCCUCAAAAAUACAGCCAGUGUGUUUUAUUUGGGCUGGAGCAAAAAUGGCAGAAUUCAACUUUAUUUUUCUAGUCCUAAAAUACAUUUCAGAUGACGAGAAGGCAUCAUGCGCCUCUGUACUGCAAUUUAAAUUAAUGUGAAUGGAUGAACGGAAAAGGAAGAAAUGAAAUGUGUACAGUUCAAACAGUCGAUGAGAGCUUAUUUUCAUUUUGUUUGCACAUAUGUCUCUGUACUAUUGUAAAGCAUUGCCAAAACCUCUGCUCUUUCUCAUUAAAGCUUGGCUCAGCAUC